UUGAUAGCGAAAGUGGCUUACUAUCGAACGACAGUGGGAAAUGCUCCUCAUUUCUGUUUCACAAAAAGCAAUUGCGUAUUUUCAGACGACCAUUUCAUUGGUUUUCGUUUCGAUGAUGAACCAAAAAGUGCCACUGUCAUUGAUGGUCACAUAUUGUUGAACUGCCAGUAUACAGUUGAAAAAGCGACUGUGAAGGAAGUUCGCUUAGAGUGGAAAAAGGAUGGAUCAUUAAUUAACAUAAAGUCUAACAGUAGAAUGCAACUUUUUUCGAACGGAUCCUUAUCCAUUCAUGAUGUUAUUCUGAGCGAUACUGGAUCUUACCGCUGCGUGGUUCAUGUGACAUCAAGUGAUGGGUUUACCUGGACGUACAUGAGUAGAAGAGCCAUCAUUAACUUACCAGACCUUCCAAAGUUCGAUGUUCAACCAACAGAUCGUUCAGUUGGAAGAGGUCAGCCAGCCGUGUUCCAGUGCAUUGUGGUCAGUCAGCUGUUCGUUACGUGUCAUAGUAUAACAACCUCGUAUUGUCGCGUUUAUAUUCUGAAAGCUGCUAUUAUUUGCUUUGAAUGCAUUGCAACAACGACAUCGUGUUUAUUUUCAGCUGAUUACCAUAUCCUACCCGUUUCCAAUUCUCUGGAGAUCGCAGCUGCUGAGCCGCGCCAUGAAGGAGAGUAUAAAUGUGUAGUAGAAAGCGCUGGAAAAAGGAGAACUAGUAUGAGUGGUCGCCUUCGCCUGGAAACUGGUCCGACUUCACAGGAGCUUCAUUUUAUGUCAUCUCCUCGUGUCCAAACGGCAAGGGAGGGUGACGACAUUGUUCUGGAGUGUCUUGUGAGCUCGAAAGGCUCUGCAGAAGUGCGAUGGUUAAAAGACACUCGGCAAAUAGCUGUGGAUGGUUUGAGAAUAAGACGUGUAGGCGUCUCCUCGCUUCUCAUCUCUAAUGUGCUCGAAUCUGAUUCGGGCCUGUAUACUUGCCGAGCCAGUGACACUCAUGAUUCACUUGAUCGAACUGUGGCCGUCAAUAUUGUCGCAGCGCCACGAUUAACUGUACGUCCACAAAGUAAAGUAGGGAUAGAAACAACCGAUAUCGAGAUGGAAUGUGCUUCAUCGGGAAGCCCAGUCCCUACUAUCUCCUGGUUUAAGAACGGCGAGGCUAUUAUUACGAGCGAUUAUUUUGUGAUCGAAUCUACGAGAUUGCGCAUUCUUGGUCUUGUGAAAGCUGACCAGGGUGUGUAUCAGUGUGUCGCAGAGAACGAAGCGGGCAGCGAUCAAGCCGUAGCUCAGCUUUUGGUUGAUAGUGCAGACUCGUCUUCUAUAGCAGCGUCUUCUGGUCAACCGAAGAUUGCUUCUGCUCCAUUAGGUCUCCGAGUCGGGUCUCUUGGAAGUCGAUUCGUGAAUUUGGAGUGGGAUCCACCUCUAUCGCGAAAUGGAAAUAUCAUGAGAUAUCACGUGUUUUAUAAAGAAGAAGAUAGCGAUAGAGAGAGAAUGUUAAAUUCUUCAACGACGUCAGUAACAAUCACUUCACUGCAACCAGAUACUCUGUAUUUACUACGUGUAGCGGCCGAAAACGAAGCUGGAAUGGGGAAAAUAAGUGAUCACGUCAAAGUUACGACCAAGAAAGAGCAAGCCGUACCAGGUCGAAUAGCAAACUUGGUAGCUCGAGCAUUAGGUCCUGAAACAAUCGAAGUCAAGUGGGAUCCCCCGCAAGGAGGACCUAAAGCUCUUCGUUACAAACUGUUCUACAUCAGGAAUCCGCCAGAGGCUGAUGACAAAGAAACACAAAUUGUGAUUUCGUCUACAGCGUACACUUUGCAUGGAAUGGAGAAAUUCACAGAAUAUCAGAUUCGUGUAGAGGCUGAAGGAGAAAAUGGUAGUGGUCUUAGCAGCUACCCUCUGAAGGUUCGUACUUUGUCGGACAUUCCAUCGUCCCCUCCGCGAGACAUCGUAGCUGAAGCUGCUUCAAGCACAAGCAUCAGAGUAACUUGGAACGAACCUGAUUCCGAAAGUUCGAAUGGGGAGAUCACUGGAUACAGGUUAAAAUACAAAACGAGGGUUCGUGGUAGUAAAGGGAAUACCUUUGUGCUGGACGCUAGCGAGAGAGAAUACACAAUCACUGGGCUCGAUGUCAAUACUCAGUAUCUUGUUCGAAUGGCCGUUGUCAACCACAAUGGAACGGGACCAUAUUCGGAUUGGUUGCCCGUUGCAACUUCUCUCAUGGACAAAGAAGAAUUGGUAUUAGGUCCUCCGCGAGAGCUUCGCCCUCAAGCUAGUUCAGAUCACAUUAUUAUAUCAUGGUUACCGCCAGCAGACGAAUCUAAUAUAGUCCGAGGAUAUCAGAUUGGAUGGGGAAUCAAUGUUCCUGAUGUGUCGAUGGAGCGUGUAGGUGCCAACGUACUGCAGCACAAAAUCACUGGGUUACGUCCAGCUCGAGAAUACGUGAUCUCGUUACGCGCGUUCAAUAAGCAAGGCUCUGGAUUCCCUAUCUACGAAACUGUGAAAACGCUAUCUCACUCUUCAAUGCCAUUCUUUGAUGGUUCGAUGCCGGUAGUCCCUUUGAGCACACCUAUUGGUGUCAUUGCGGAAACCGUCUCUGCGACCAGUAUUCGUGUCUCCUGGACGGACUCGGAUCCAAAUGCUUUCAACGUCCUUUACACAGUGCGCUACAGUACCAGUGUUGAAAGCAACCAAGCUCGUUACCUAAACUCAUCAGAGUCAUGGAUCACUAUUGACGGUCUUCGUCCUGACACUGAAUACGAAUUUUCGGUCCGGUCGCAGGUAGCUGGCUCUGGCCCAAGCCCUUGGAGUAUGGUGGCUAGAAACAAAACUUAUGCAUCCGCUCCUUCAUCAUCACCACGUGAUCUCACCGUACUACCUGCUGCUUCGGGUGACCCUCAUGCGGUUUUGCUGAACUGGCAGCCUCCAAAAUAUUCGAAUGGUGAAGUGGAAGAGUACCUGAUUUACUACACUGAUCGAGUAAUGCAAGCCGAUAAGGACUGGAAAAUUCAUUAUGUUCACGGCGACAAGCUGAGUCAUGAGAUUCGGAACCUUCUGCCCAAGACAACAUACUACUUCAAAAUUCAAGCCCGCAAUGAAAAAGGUUAUGGACCACUUUCGCCGGUGCAGACUUUGGAAUCUUUUGGAAGUGGUUCCCGUCCUGCGGGCAAUGUUGUACCCACGCCAGGCAAAGGAUCAAGCUUGCGCUGGGAUGACCUGGUGGCGUUACUCACUUCCAAUCCUAUGUACAUCGCCAUUGUUGUUGCAUUUGCUACCCUUGUGCUUCUCUGCAUCAUUCUCAUUAUGGUAUGCGCCUUAAGAAGAAGGCGAUCUUUAAGUUCAAGAACACCUUACAGGAGUUCGAAAAAUCCCGGGUAUACGGCUGGAAAAAAGACGAGCGUUCAACAGCAGGGAGCGGACCUGUGGAUAGACCAUCCUGUUGGUAAUAAUAUACGAGGAGGACCAUCAGACUACAUGGUGAAUGGUAUCGGUGCAUCAGUGGUAGAUAUGAAGCAUUUGACCGGACCGGAUGUGGUUGAGUCUCCGCCUCCGAGAUAUCACGGCUUACAAGGUCAAGGAACAUUGUCGCGAAGCUACCAUCAUUCCCAAUCGAGUCUCGAAGGACAACGACAAAGAACACCACAAGUAGUGUAUACAGGCUCUGGACGGCAUCAGCCAAUCGCCAAGAUUGAAUUUGGUGAUUCUCCCUAUGGCUCGACUUCAGCCCUUGAGCCUGAAACACCACCCAUACCGCUGCAAGCGCCGCCGUCUGGGCCUCCUACGGUUGACGGUUAUCGCACUCUUCGUGGAGGAGUAACACCUACAAAUCAAAGCCAAGGCGCUCUUCGGUCGUUCACUCAGUUAGCGGGUACUCCGCCGCCACCCAUCGGGGGGCAGAUAUGCACUCAGCAGCAGCCUCGUAUAGUGGUUGCGGCCGGGGGCAGGCAACUGCCUGUAGGUAGGGCAACUGCCCAGCCGAGAGUCAAUGUAACAAAUAUUUAUAGCCCCUAUGCGUCCUGUUCGUCGGACCCCGAAACUGAGAAAAAACCGGUCCACGUCGAUGUGGAUUCUGCAGGUCAUUCGGCAGGAGUUCGGCCUUCUAAUUCAACGGAAGAACUGAAUGCCCAAAUGGAGAAUCUUGAUACGAUGAUUGACGACCUGCAAGCGCUCCAGCACGAGUUUGGUGUUGUAAGCUGA